AUGGCCACAUGUUACUCGCCGCGGCUUACGGCGAGCCGCUCCGUGGUAGUGAUGAUCCCAACCCCCCUCUCCAACCACCCGCCGCCCCACUCCCCAGUCCAAACCACCACCACCAUCAUCACUACCACGGAGCGGCUCGCCGUAAGCCAUGGACAUACAAGACACAGCCUCUCCGUGGGCGCUAGCGAGAGAGGGGUGCAGCCAAUCAGCGCCCAGCUUUUAAACCCACCUCGGCGCCAGCAGGAAUAUAGGUUAAGUGAACAAGAGAACAACGCAACUCUGCUCUGCUUCCCCAACGGUACCUGGUCCUCCAAGUCUUCGUAUACCCACUGCCUCAACCUGGUAUCCGGCCCGAGCCUUGAUCAGGCCAAAACUAACUACACCACCAAGAUUAUUUUCUACUUCGGACACUCCUUAAGUCUCGUCGCCGUGACCAUCGCUCUUUGCAUUUUCCUGUCUUUCAAAGACCUGAGGUGCCUCCGAAACUCCAUCCACGCCAAUCUACUCUCUACCUACUUGCUGCAUAAUCUUUUUUGGAUUGUCUACGCUUCUGUUCAGACACUACUACCUGUCAAUGUGGUUUGCUCCUUCGUGGUGCCAAUCAACUACUUCAGUCUUACCAGCUUCAUGUGGAUGGCUGUUGAGGGUGAGUAUGCGUGACAUCCUUCUUGUCUGUCACCUUUAAUGGCGGGGAAAUGCAAAUGUUUAAUUGGAACAUUCUCGUGUCUGUUUUUAUCAUCUUUUAAACAAUUCAGUUUUUAGAUUUGUGAGUGCAUAAAAAAUGAGCUUGAGCAUGAUGAGAAUAUCUGGGUAAGUGAAAGAGCGAAAAGGCAAGUUUACGUAUGGUUGUCCAAAACUUGGUUUUGCGCUCACUGGUUACUU